AUGCGUCUUACCCUUGUCCUUGUCGCCAUCGCUGCCGCUGCUACUGCCGCCCCGCACAGGUUCCAGCGCCGCGAUGUCGAGGCGGCCAAGGCCUUCCUGCCGCUGAUCAAGGGCAGCGCAAACAACGAGGCGCUGGUCUCCAACAUCAACACCUUCUUCGAGCAUCUUGGCAAGACCGACAACGACAUAGACGAUCAGCUCAAGGCCUAUUUCAAGAACAAGACCCCGACCCAGCAGAGCGCCAACUGGGUGUACUCGGUCCUCCUGCACCUGGUCCAGUAA